UCAAGCAUUCUAGUGCAGAACGCUCAGGAAGGAUUUUCAGAACAGUCUCUGUCUGUACUCUGGCGCCCUCCUCCCCUUCAGGCCGCCUAGCGACAACUACUCUUCUCUGUCGGGUGUCCACUGAGUGACUGCAGCUGGAGAGACAAUAACUGUCUGCCACACAGGUCUGGGUGUGAGGAGAAGUUGGGCCUGGGUACUGUCUUGCUUUCGCUAGCUGCUUCAUCACAACAGCCUAGCAGCUUCACCCUCUCGACUAUCCCAAGAGGGCAGUCUUCCAGUGCUGAGUCACAGCGACAGUACAGACGGCCCUGGCUGGAGCCACAACAGUGACGAUGUUAAGAACGGACACUCGGGAAGGAGGACCCCGGAGAGGGCAAGCCUGAACUCGUUUCACCAUGGAUCAGCAUCAGGACUUCAACUCGAGCCUGGACGGCCACGCCGCCGUGCAGUUCAACUCUGGGGAGACCACGGCCUCGGCUGCCCUGGCCAACAUGACACUGAAAGAACCCCAGGACCAGCAGGAGGUCAAGAAGCCUAACGGGAUGCCAGACGCACACAUGGGACCUGGGGUCACGGAAGAAGAUUUGCUGGAGCUGUCACCGGAACUGGAAUCACAGCCUCAAGCACCGGUGUCAGAGGUCUCUGUGUCUAAAAGCGCCCUCUCGGCUACCGGAGGGAUGACCGCUACAGGUCAAGAGGAGCUCACUGCGUCGCUCAGCCCCACGCCAGGAGGCGUCAGUCCUGCCACAGAGAGCGGCCGCAGUAGCAGGUCCGGCUUUGCCGAUGGCGGGAGCGAAGACGGGGAGCGGGCUGGGUCGGUAAGCCCCCGGGCGUCUCCUUCAGCCCCUGAAGCCCCAAUCGAGAGGGACACUCCAAGGCUCUUCUCCCCAGACUCGCUGGGGUCUGAGGUGAAGAGGAGCUCAUCUGACAAGGUCUCUGAUGUCUCUGUGGGCCACAGCCUGAGCGGCUCUGGGUCUGAGGACGAGGAUGAGAAGGACGUAUGUGAGAGCAAGGAGUCUCCUACCUCAGCCUAUGAAGACAGGAUCAGUCCUGGGAAGCCUCAGAGCCCUCUCUUCAUGGAAAAGGAGGGGAUGAAAGAGCAGGUGGAUGAAGAAAAAGAGGAGGAUAGCGACGAGGAAGAGGAGGAGAGAACAGAGGUGUCAACGAUCCGCAGGAGGCCACGGCGUGAGAUCAGCUCAGAAGAGGAAGAGCAGCAGAAAGAUGAAGGUCGCGCCCCUGUCAUUCCCGUUGCCAUGACCCCGGAGGAAGCCAAGCAGCGCGUCCUAUCCUUUGACUACACGGAGCCUGAGGGACACCACCCGGGUCAGGGCAUCCCUGCAGGGUGGCAGAACGGGACAGACAAGACCCCCCCAGAGAGCAAGAGCCCUGACUCCAAUAGGGCCGACCCUGGAUCUCCCUUCUCCCCUAGCACCGCAGCCGACCGGACCCAGGACCAGUCUCCUCUUAUCGAGCACCAGCCAGACGCCCGCGACGCGGUGGAGCAGGAGACUGAGGAGGUGGUGCAGGAGGAAGAAGAGGUGCAGGAGAAGGUAGCUAGUCCCCUGCCCAUGAUUGCUGUGCCCCAGAUGGAGGUUGAGCCCGUCCAGAAGGAUGAUGAGCCUGCGAAGACCUCAAAUGACACUCAAGGCCAAUACCUGGAGUCGGCAGACGAGGACGUCAUCGCAGCGGUGACGGCAGCUCAGUCGGUGACCAAAGCCAAACCUGCAGAAGCCAAACCUUCAGAAACGAAGCCCAAGGCUGGCAAGCCUGCUAGUGGCCUCAAAGGUGAUGCCAAAGGAGGUGCUCCUACAGCAGCCAAAGGCCCGGUCAGGAAAGAUAAGAAAGUGACCGCUACUGCUGUUGCCCCUCCCCCCAAGGCCACCGCUGCUAAAACUCAGAAAGCACCCCCAAAAGAUGCCGCCCCACCGGGCGGAAAAGCAAACGCUCCGGGUGCCCAGCUGAAAGCCAAGGCCGGUGCAGGGGCUGGGAAAGAAGCAGCUGAGAAAAAGACACCCAACGCCACCACACCUGUCAAAGCAUCCACCCCCAAACGACCCUCCUCGGUCCAAACCACCCCCAACAAAAAGCCUUGGUCCUCUUCCUCUGCCCCAGCCUGCAACACUAGCAGGCCCAGCUCAAUAUUUAAACCCAGUCCAGGCAGUGCAAGAGCCAGAGAACCCAGGCCAAGGACUGGAGAUGGGAAGACAGCCAGCACCAGGACACCAGGUGCCAAACUCCAGGGUGCUGGGACCAGGAUGCAGACCAAGACCACUGCUGGAGUGGAUUCCCCCAAGACGCCCCAAGACCGUAGUGGCUACAGCAGCCCCAGCACACCCAAGUCCCCCGCCAGCCGGGAGGUGAAGAAGGUGGCGGUGGUGCGGACCCCUCCUAAAUCCCCUGGGUCCAUGAGGGGGCGCAGUCCGGUGCCCCUGGCCGCCCCCAUGCCCGACCUAAAGAACGUCCGGUCAAAGAUUGGCUCCACGGAGAACAUCAAGCACUCGCCUGGUGGAGGACGGGUGCAAAUAGUUGAAAAGAAGAUGGAUUUAAGUAACGUUCAGUCAAAGUGUGGCUCCAAAGCCAAUCUCAAGUAUACCCCAGGAGGUGGCAAUGUUCAAAUUACUCACAAAAAGAUUGACCUCAGCAACGUACAGUCAAAGUGUGGAUCGAAGGCCAACAUUCACCACAAACCAGGUGGAGGCAAUGUGGAGAUCAAAUCUGAGAAGAUGGACUUCAAGGUUCAGUCUAAGAUUGGGUCCAUGGACAACGUUGGUCAUGUGGCUGGAGGUGGCGGGCGGAAGAUUGAAAGCCACAAACUGAGUUUCCGUGAGACGGCGAAAGCCCGCACCGACCACGGAGCGGAGAUUGUCCCGGUGGAGAUCAUCGCAGGCGGCUCACCCGCCCGUCUUCUCAGCAACGUGUCGUCCCCUGGCAGCCAGAACAUGACAGAGACGCCGCCGCUAUCUAUGCUAGCGGACCAGGUCUCCGCCUCCCUCGCCAAGCAAGGCCUGUGAUUCGACCACGUCCCUCCCUGAAAAAGCAUUGUAGGUUACCAAGGGAACCAACCACGUGAUAAAAAAGAGAAACGAAGAGAAAAAGAAGCACCUCACUGAGUCUCCCUUCCUCCUUGAAAUUCAAAGUCGCUCACAGGAUUUGCCGACCGGGGAUAUCAGUCAGGGCAAAGGGGUCCGUUAAUGAACAGCUGUUUAUGGUCUUGAUAGUUAGAUAGACACAGGUAAUGAAAACAUAUAUACGUGAAAGAAAAGCAACAUUAUUCUAUACCCAUAAAAACGCAGCCAGGCCUUAUAAAGACAUUUACCCUCCUUUCCAUUUACAGUGCAAUUAAUUGGGCUGAACGCAACUGCUCGCAUGAAAAUAUUGCACAUUACUUUGCUUAUUGCCAUGCAGUGGAUGUUUGCAUUUGCUCAUUUAUUAAGCCUUAAAAUGUGAAGUAGCCAAAGACUCAACUCUUUUUCUCAACUAGAAAAGAUCAGCUAAAUUAAAGUGACACUGUACUAUACCAUUCAAAUGAUACUAGGUGCCAAAUAGACUUGCCCUUUCGUGCUUAAAACACUCCGAUAUUCCCCAGUUGAGAAAUCCGCGAAGAUUUAUUUACGGUAUAAUGAAAUUCGAACGUUGUUGUAAACAGUUGCUGUGAUGUAAUGAAUAGCGUGUAGGUAAGUAAAUUGACUCUGCCUUUUGAGAUGAUUAAAAUAGACAUUGUGAAAUUAUGAAAUAAACAAUUUUCAUGAGAAGGACAAUUACAAGAAUAUUUAACUUAGAGUUAAAGCCCAUGCAUGUCCUGCUCAAAACAUAUCAAGGAGAGGAUCCCAUUGCUGAGCAAUUUAAAUCAAUUAAGUAAUCAAUUAAUUAUGGAGUAAUGGAGCUACAUUGUGCAUAUGUCAAUCAAUUGGAUAAGAUUGCUCAUUUGAAGUUGAGAGGGGGUUUUGUGUGUAUGGUAUAGUCUACGUGCUGAUAUUUUGGUGGUAUAUCACCAAUCCUCACCAAGUUUCUUCUCAGCAGUGAGUCUGGAUCUGAGUACCUCCCAGUUGAUUUCUAGAAUGGAAAUCCAUUCUAGACCAUCUGAUUGGUCCAGAGCCAGAACACACGUGGGUAUAGGGGCGUUGUGAAAUUUCGUCAUUGGCUUUGAUACUCUGAUUGGUUAGAGAUGAUCCAAUCGCUGAUUACUUUGUUUUGUAUAACACCCCUUAUUUUGACGUCAACAACAAACGACUUGAAUGAUGGCUGUCUCAAGACUGCAGUAUGUAGGAACGAUUGAGCAGCGGAAGAAUUCAGUUUGAGUGGUCAGGCACCUGAAAUGCCACUGCACACCCACAACACACAUGCCUAGACAAGUCUCAAUUUUACCUGCAUGAAAUUCAAAACCUGAUAUAGGAUGUGCUCCAAAUCUCUACCCUACUCCCGAAGUGUGCACUUGCACACUCCCUCUGUCAAAGAUGAUCAAAUGAGCACCCCCUACAUACCCACAGCGCACUACUUACGUAGCGAAUUUUAACUAAAGUAAAUAUUUCUUCGCAAUGAUAGAGCACUUUUUUUUUUACGCUGUAGAUCAAACCUUAUGUUGCACACUUUCUUUCCUACUAGUAGCCCUAUUCUGUGGAUGUAAGACAUAUUAAACUGCUAUUUACGAAUGCUUAUAGAUGCACCUGCUGACACCCUGCUAUUAUUUUUCUAUACUCCCGACGCAUUCUUGUUUUUGAAGGUAGUUUUUACACACUGAAGUUCUCAAGUCGACCACCACUACAUGUGUGUGAAUGAUAACUGGCUGGCUUUCCUCCUCAUUCCUCAUGGUCAACAUGAACAUUAUGUACUGAGCUGAAAAUCUAUAAAAAGGGGGUUAAGCGAAUAUUAAUUGUUACGAUUGAACAAAUCUAUUCAAGGUAAGACAUGUAAGCAUAUUAUCUACCUAAAGCCCCAAAAAUACUCAAAUCAAAUGUUAUGUCACAUGCUUCAUAAACAGGUGUAGACUAACAGUGGAAUGCUUACUUAUGAGCCCUUCCCAACAACGCAGAGAAAAAUAAGGAAUAAAUACACAAUGAUUAACGAUAACUUGGCUAUAUACAUGGGUUACCAGUACAGAGUCGACGUGCAGGGGUACAAUGAAAUGGAGGUAGAUAUGUACAUAUCGGUAGGGAUACUAAGACUGAUAUUCACGUUAGUCCACAUAUCCUUUAAGACCGUUUUAGAAAAGGUUACAUAAAACAACACGAUGCACCUUGUGUGGUGAAUGAUGUUCCGCAAAAGUGUAAGGCUGUUUUUUCCAAGUUAGUAUAUUAUUUCGAAGCUGAAAAUUGAAAUGUCAUGUCACUCUUCUAGUUUUUCCCAGGUAACCACACACAGUAAAUUAAUCUGAGGGAGUGGUUUCCUGAUGUGAAAGGACAGCAUAACCUCAACUUUUAUUCAUUAAACCUUUUAAGCAAACUGGUAAUUGUACAGUUAUUAAAUCUGUUGCGACAAGAGGGGAAGAAAGUUGGUGCAAAGGGUGUUUAGGCCUAGGACGUAAUGUCAUUAAUUUAAGGGAAGGAAAAGGGUAAUUUGGGGCUUUUCAAUGUAGUAAAUACCUUUUCCCUUUUGCCUCAAAGGGAACAAUGAUACAAGUUGUUUCACCUUUCUCUGCUGAGUUUUUAUUUUGACAGUCGUGAUUGUCCUUAUUGUGAUGUGCAUUUUAUUAAUAUUUGGUUUACACCGAUACUUGUUGCUGUAAACGUGGAUUAGGAAAUAAAGUCAGUAUUGGAACAGCAA